AUGGCUCGUCUGAAGACCACUCCUGGUCGGCCAGAGGAGCACGACGAGGAGGAGCAAUGGAUGCAAGAUGUCCUUACCAAACGAGCAGAGGCUGCUGCAGGGCAAUAUCCACUAGACGAACCCGCAAGUGUCGAAACAACUGUUGCGCAAACCGCGAGGGUAGAAAAGCCGCUGACUUCAUCGUCUAGCUCAGGGACUGCUGGUGAGAUUCAAACUGCUGCUCAGCAAAAGCAAGCAAAACAAAAGCCACCCGCUUCAUCGUCUGCCACCACUGGGAUCAAGACUGCUCCUCGACAUAAGCAAGCAAAGCAUAAUCCACCCGCUUCAUCUUCUGCCACCACUGGGAUCAAGACUUCAGCAGCUCGGCGAAGACCAGCAAGACCAGCAAAGUCGGCCUCUUUACCGUCUGCCACUGGGAUCAAGCAAAAUGGUCGGCAAAAGCCAACAGGAAAAUCGCGAACUGCUGUCAGAGGACCGGGUUAUUAUCAUGGGAACCAAAACCUUGGCACCAGUCAGCACAAUGAUGAUGCCGAAAUCAUGAAUAUUGUUGCAGAGCGAGCCAGUGUAGCUACAGCAGAGUCCUUGAAAGAUUCAGAUCGAAAAGAAGACUACUACCGUUCCCAAGAGAAAGAAGACGAGAACGAAUGCAAUCCAGCAGCAGAAGAAGAAGAAGAAGACGAAGACGAAGACGGCGAACCUGUGCUGCAGACAGCAGCGUGCCAAGCCACAACUCAACCGCUGCAUCAACAAGGUCGUCCAGGGGCGUACAUGGGUGCUCCAGGUGACAGCUUACACCGCACCACUACUCUUGAUUACCGUCAUCUGCGUGCUCCUCGUGGCGACUCUGAUGAACUAUUGGAGACAGGGUCAGCUGGUGGCUUGGAGUCACUCGAAUCAUUUCGCAACAACGGCAAUGAUAAUACACUCAGCAACCACAGCGGCAAGGAUAGUAGCCGGAAUCUUGAGGACGUUCCAUUGCUGGAGGCGACGCUUGUUACUGAUGAUGACAGUGCCAAGGGCCAUCCUGAAUCAAAACAUCGAUCACGACUUUGCUUGGGAAUACUUGCUUUGCUGGUCAUUAUGGUAAUAUCUGUUACUGGGAUUGUAUGUGGCAGUGGUCUUUGCAGUCCAAAAAAAGAAGACUCGAACGUACAGACGACCACUAUGGAAGCCAGCAAUAUCUUCAAGCACAACACUGCCACUGUUCAAAUCUUCUCCCAACCCAUUGUCAUCACACAAACCGUGCUGGUGUUGUCUGAUCAAGAUCUCGGAGGACCAAUCCCAACAGAGAUCGCAGAGCUCACCCAACUAACUGAGCUUCUUCUAGAUGGCAACUCUUUGACGGGGCCUAUCCCGCCAGAGCUUGGGACGCUGACUCACCUAACAGUGUUGGAUUUGAGGAACAACCAGCUUUCUGGGACAGUCCCUUCAAACGUUUCUGAGCUCACCCAAUUGUCAGAACUUCGACUGGACAACAACUCAUUGACUGGGACCAUUCCACCAGAGCUUGGGGAACUCACACAGCUCACAAUUAUGGAUCUCACAAAAAAUGAACUGACUGGGACAGUCCCUCAAAGUGUUUGCUCGCUUACCCAAGACUACAGUCUUUCUUAUGUGGCAGUUGAUGAUGGAGUUAUAUGCCCCAGGAAGGAUUGUACAUGCUCUCCUGGCGAUGCAAACUCUGCAAUACUUGCACAGCCAUUUGACAGUCCAACUUUUGCUUCAGUUGCUCCCUCAUUUGUGCCAUCUUUGCGCCCCUUGACCACUGAAACUGGAAUGCCAUCACUUGUGCCAACAGGGAUGCCAACAGGCAUGCCAUCAUCAUCUGCAACGAGUGGAACUCCGUCAUACACGCCAAGCAUACUUCCAACUUCAAUUCCAACUCCAUCCCCAUCGGCAUGGCCAAGUGGGAGUCCAUCAGCUUGGCCAACUGAUAGACCAUCACCUGCUCCAUCAGCAGCUCCAUCUGAGACUCCAUCAACGGCUCCAUCAACGGCUCCAUCUGAGACUCCAUCAACUUUACCAAGUGAGAUCCUAUCAACAGCCCCAACAACAGGAGGUACAAUGGAAGGUACAUCAGAGGGUACCACAGAAGGAGCAACAGUAUCAACUGUAGUUGUGGCUGGUCAAGAAUACAGCCUAUCUGCCACAGUAAUGUUUGUUUCUAGUACUUUUUCAGGAUCACUUCCAACUGAGAUUGGCUUAUUGACAGGGCUUCAUGGAAUUUCAUUCAAUUCGAUUGGUGAACAUGUCAACAACCUGUAUGGAACUCUUCCAACAGAAUUGGGAUUGUUGACAAGUUUAAUAACUUUGGAUCUAAGUUACUCGUGGUUCAGUGGAACUCUUCCAACAGAGUUGGGGAGGCUGACUCGCUUGAGUAACCUUCAAUUGACAUCCAAUUCUUUGACUGGGAGCAUACCUACAGAGCUUGGACAGAUGACAGCUUGUACCAGCAUGGAAUUGAAUUUGAACAGGCUGAGUGGACCUCUUCCAACAGAGUUGGGGAGACUGACUCUCUUGAAUAGCCUUGUAUUGACAUCCAAUUCUUUGACUGGGAGCAUACCUACAGAGCUUGGGCAGAUGACAGCUUGUACCAGCAUGGAAUUGAAACUCAAUGGGCUGACAGGAGAAGUUCCUCAAAGUGUUUGUUCACUGACUCUAGACUAUGACUUGGGUUUUGCUGGUGUUGACUCUGCAGUGGAAUGUCCGGCGUCCUGCUGUUGCUACAUGUAUGAUCGUUGUUGCAAAGAAGCAAUUGAAUCUCGUCGAGGGUUUUCUGGGGAGUCUUCAGGAGAGCAUACACAGUGUAGUCCAGAAUCGGGCCUGAAUGGAACUAGGCGUUAG